CCUUAGCCGUCGGUAAACAAGUGAAAUGGACCUUUGAACCGCCUACAGUCACGACGGGGUCGUCACGAGGCAUCCUGUUCGUAGAGAGGGGCUCGCGGAUAAAUACACAAGCAGAGGCAGACUUGCCGCAGUCGCAGCGUUAACCAACUCCCAAAAUGAGGACGCUGGCGAUCACGGUCCUAUUGGCGCUAGCCGUUGCGGCUACAUUAGCCGUACCAGUUCCGGAAACGGAAAUAAGUGAAAACAAUCGAGAAAAACGAUCACCUGGCUGGCACUCGGAACCUGAAGGCGUCUGGGAGAAGAAACUCGUGUGGAAAGAAGAUUGGAAGAAAGUGUGGAAAACUGAAAAGAAACUCAUAUGGAAAACUGAAUGGAAAAAAGAAAAGGUACCAGCAUGGAAAACUGAACAAGUGUCACAAUGGAAAGAAGAGCAAGUUCCGGCAUGGAAAGUAGUACAAAAACCCAUUUGGAAGGAAAUUCAAGUACCCGUGUGGAAGGAAGUGCAAGUUCCAGAUUGGAAGAAAGUAUGGAAACCAGUGUGGAAAGAAAUCCAGGUACCAGUCACCAAAACUAUUCAAGUACCAGAAUGGAAACAGAACUUCGUCCCCGAAUGGGUUAAAGAGGGAGUUCCCGGCGAGAAAUAUUUAGGUAAGGACCACCAUGGAUGGGAAUACACCAGCCACGACUUAUGGAGAAAGAAGCUGAUCUGGAAACCUGUAUGGAAGAAGAUCUGGAGAACGGAACACAAGCAGGAGUGGGUGACUGAAAAGAAGCUGGAAUGGAAAGAGGAGUGGAAGCAGGUCUGGAAGACCGUGAAGAAACAAGCCUGGGUGACCGAGAAGAAACAGGAAUGGAUCGACGAGAAAGUUCAAGUAUGGAAGACGGUGAAGAAGGAAGUCUGGGUGCCAGUCCAGAAAAAGAUUUGGGUCGAAAAAUGGAAGCAGAUUCAAGUACCAGUAUGGAAGACGAUAGAGGUCCCAGCAUGGAAAAAGGUCUGGAAACCUGUUUGGCAAAAAGUUUGGGUACCAAUCCAUCAUGAGCACCACGAGCACCACGAACACCACGAACACCACGGAUGGGAUUAAGUUUAGGUAAUUGUUUACUUAUUUGUACAUAUAGCAUAAUAAAUAGUCAUUUGUUAAUUAUUUGUUACCAGAAAACCCAAGAUAUCUUGAGUUAUUGUUUUUUUUGUUACUUUUGUAAGUAUAUAAAAAUCAUCAGCAAAUAUAUUGGUGCUGGUGAGUUUUUGCCAAGCAAAUAUAUCUAAGACGAGUGCAAAGGCGAUUUUAUAUCAGUAAUACAAUGUAUUCUAUAUUAUUGGCUAGCGAAUUUGUGUAAUGUUGUGUGUCUGUUGUCGUAGAAAAACUAAAGUCCAAUUUAAAAAUCGGACUGUUUAAUGAACUGCUAAACCGUUUACGACAGAUACAAAACAAUAUUUUUGUUUAGUCACCAUUUUGUGAUCGAUUUUACUCAGUUAUAAUCGUAAGAGGCUAUUAGUGUAGGCAGUAUUAGGAAAGAAAUCUGAAUGUCAUUGCCUAUUUCUACUAAAAAAAUAACGCUGCAUAUCUUAUGAAACUAAAUAAAUUCGAAGGUGUAGUUUCAUUUUAGAUGAUGCUAGAUUGAAACAGUGUUUUCAGAUUAUUUUUUCAGUAGUAAAAGGCCGUACUUCAGGUUUAUGCAAAAGGAUAUUAGCUGACCAAAUAGGUGAUAUUAUUUUAAGUGCAUCGGACGUUAACAUUUUUCACUAUUUUUGUUUUUGCGUUUGUUUCUUAACCAAAAAUAUAACAUGUAUAAUAUCUAUUGAUUACGAAUUUAGGGAUAUGAAUGAACGUAUGAUAGUGCAAAGUUUAAUAAAAAUAUAUUAAUGUAGUGAAAAUAAACGAAAGAUGAAUAUUU